AUGGGCUCGGACGAUUUCCUGAGCAAUCCGGCCCUGAUCUACGAGAGCCCGGACUGGUUACCCGUGCCACGGGCCCCCUUGGUACUGGCCCACGACGGCGGCGGCACCACCUUCAGCUACCAUUGCCUGGACCCGACCAACCGGGCGCUGUACGGUAUUGAGAAUGCGCAUCUGCACCAGGGCGGCUAUUGGGAAGGCGGGAUCCAGGAGAUGGCGAAGCAUUACAUUCAGCUCAUUGCCAGGUCCAUACCAGCUGGGGGAAACAUUAUCUUGGGUGGUUGGUCACUCGGCGGUAUACUGUCGCUUGAGAUGGCGCACCAGAUAGCCACUGACACUGAGAUGCGGCCUCGCUUUACCGUGCUUGGAAUCAUCAUGAUAGACAGUAUCUGCCCCAGGCGUACGGCAGAUCUUCCAGCCGCCGCCAAGAUACCCCCACCGCAGCAGAUCGUCAAGACGGACGAGGAGAUGAAGGCAAUGAAGCUGAAGGAGAAGGUCGCUCUCAACAUGGCACACGCCCGGAUCAUGGUGCCGCACUGGGACAAGCCGCAGUGGACCAACAGCAAGGCCCCUCCGACCGUCUUGCUACGCGCAAAGGAAACGGUGGAUCACGCUGACCAGAAAUUCGUCGACGUCACCCGCCAUGAUCGGAUGCUCGGCUGGGGCCCGUACAGCGAAGAGAAUGGCAACUUUAUCCGCACUGUUGUCGACAUAGAAGGUCAUCACUUUUCGGUUUUCGCAGACGAAAAUAUUGCAGCCAUUACAGUGAAGAUAUGCGCGGCUGCCAAUGACAUAGAGGCGGGCCGGUAUUCAAAGUAA